AUGUCGACGAGUAGUACUGUGAUGAAGAAGGGGUCGUGGAGCCCCCAGGAGGACGCCCUGCUGACGAGGCUGGUGGAGCAGCACGGCCCCCACCACUGGAGCCUCAUCAGCGCCGCCAUCCCCGGCCGCUCCGGCAAGUCCUGCCGCCUCCGCUGGUGCAACCAGCUCAGCCCCGACGUGCACCAUCGCCCCUUCACGCCGCACGAGGACGCUCUCAUCCUCGCCGCCCACGCCCGCUACGGUAACAAGUGGGCCACCAUCGCACGCCUCCUCCCUGGCCGCACCGACAACUCCAUCAAGAACCACUGGAACUCUAACCUCCGCAGGUGCAGGCGCCGGGCAGCAGCAGCCGCCGCACAAGCCUCGUCCUCCCGUGCUGCUGCCCCUCAGCUGCUGCGCAUCGACCUGCAGCAGGACGACAACGGGCCUGCUGCUGAUCAACCGGUGGUCAAGGGACUGUACAUGACGGGCGGCUCGCCAUCAGUUGCAGCGCUAGCUACUCAUGCUGCGGGUGCUGGUUUAGGGCCCAACUCCACUUCCAACAACGCUCUGCACAGGCCUGCCGCCGACCCGCCCACGGGCGGGCAUGAGGGGAACGCGCAGCUGAUGGUGGUGAUUCGCCGGAUGGUGAGCGAGGAGGUGCAGCGCCAGACAGGGCAGCUCGCCCACUCUCAUGGCCGCCGCAGCCAGGGCCAAGGGACACCGCAAUUGACCAUUCGCAUUUCAUUCCAUUCCAUUCCAUCAGCUCUCAUAUAUCAUGCGCCGUGA